AUUUAGUUAGAUAGCUGUUACGCAAUAAAUACACACGGUAUUACUUUCAGUGCUUCACUCGUGCCGGGACCGAUUCAAAGACAAGCCUCAGCCUCAAGGAACUGAAAGCUAGUCCGAAAGCUAGUCCUGCUGUAGCAUGGAGGUCACAGGUGUAAAGCCGGGCUCGCUCAACCCAAACAAGCCCCCCGGCCCAAAGCUGGCGGUGGGAGAGCGGCUGAGCCCUUGCGGCAAGUUCGCAAUCAAUGGAGCAGGCCAGUGGCGUGAGCUUGCGGUGUCGGAACAGGUGGCUCAGACCCCCGAGUUUGGCGGCGUCGGGCCAGACGGCAAGCCCCUGGCCAACCCGCCCCGCUGAGCCAUGGCGCCAGAGCCUACGCGUCGGAGUAGUAGUCAGGAUGAGCGGCUGAGCAGCUGCGGCAGGAGAGGGAGGAGGGCUGGAAGCAUGGGGGUCCUGACUCUGUGUGGCAACUGGGCAGCGCCAUCGGCUGCUGGUCGGCUGCUGGUAGCAGAGCGUGCGGCGUAGGCCGGGGCUUCGAGCUAGGUGCGCCCCGUUGGUGGUCUUAUGCGCCGCAGCCACCGCAGGGAGACACAGAUUUGGCCAUGCGCAUAAUGUUGACGUCUGCGUGCGGGUGAGUGCACGUAUAUGUGGUCUGUCUGAAACCGCUUCGAGGCAGCCAACUUCGUAGGGGAGGAACGGGGGGGUGAGGAGCAUUGUCGUGUCGUCUCAGGGCCCUGUGGCUGUGUUGGGUUGGCUGGAGCACCCGCAGCCGUGCAGUCGCUAGCAUGAAACAGAGCUGCAAGCUUAGCCGUCCUGGCGGGCGCAGAGACUUCUCAGGUGCAUGCCUGUAAUCAAGUUACA